UUCCUACGUGUGAUUUGUUAUAAGCAUUAGCGUCAGUGUAAUAAUAUCCAACUUUUUGUUAAGGAUGUUGAAUUUCCAUUGUUCGCCCUUCGCAGUUCGUGCAGUAGGUACUGUAGUUUCUGGCGUUCUUAUGCUUACCAGCCAUUAGUUACUGCGAUUUGCGAACGUUUCUAAAGUGUGGCCAUAAGUAACAGAUAUUUUUAGUGUUUUUGAAAGUUAGUGCGGUAUCGGAAAUGGCAGAUGAAGAUGUGGUGGCGUAUUUGCAUACGUGGGGUUUGCCCCAGUAUGUCGACGUAUUCAAACAACAAAACGUAAAAAAGGACACUUUACCGUUCCUAACACCAGAAAUGGUAAAAGAACUAAUACCUUCAAUAGGCGACAGAGCCCAAUUUCAGGGGCAUUUGGAUCACUGGAAGAUGAUAAUUAACGAAAUUCCACAAUCGUCUCCAUUACCAGUUAUACCCGGUGCUGCCGAGAUUGCGAGUACCUCAUGGGCAACUGAGGAUUAUUUAUUAGAAGAUAUUAGUGGCAAUAAUAUACCUCUAUCUGGGGAACCAUUAAACCCUACCGAGCCAGAAGGGGCUAGGGAUCUUGGAGCGCUACAAGAACAAAGAGGAGACAUAUUGAAACUUCUCCACUCUUGUAAUGAUGGGAGAGCCUUACUUGUGGAAGCUAAGGAAACUGGGUGCCUUACGGGCAGAGGACGGCGCACUCUACAAAUGCUUCAUAUUUUCUACUCUUGGGUUUGACGAACAUUUCUUUGCCUACGAAGUUGACCCUAAACCCUCAGCAGAAGGAACUUAUCUAUUCCACGACAGUUUAUCUUGUUUCACGCCCAAUCAUUUAAUUUUUGCACCAAAUGGCAAAAAUUAUAUUAUUAUGAGGGAAUAUCUUUAAAUAAUUCCGAUUAACUUUACCUACGAAAUAUUUUUUAAGUUUGCAAAUGAGUUGAGUAGUUAAGUUAUUUCUUUAUAUUUCAAAAAUGGAUUUAUUACCUAGUUUUAUUCGUUAUUAAGUUUCGAAUGUGUUAUUUUCAUUUAUUGAUUUAUAUAAGGUAGAGUUUAUAGACUUUAAUAAAUGCUUUUUAUAUACAAUCACAGCAAAGCUUUUUUAUAUAGUAUAUUUCACAGCUUUUUGAUAUGAGGUCAUAACUCAUAUGUCAUAAGGACAAAAAGGGUUGGUCGUAACUGAGUGAAAAGUAAUAAGAGGCAACAACAAA